AUGCCGGGAAAUGUAGUGCGUGCAGCCGCGCCCACUCCCUCCUGCCGCUCGCUGAGCGCCGCAGGCGACUACAAGUCCCAUCAGGCCCCGCGAGGCCUUGCUGGCGGGGCUGUUGCAGGGAAGGGACGGAGUGGGGAGAACGUGACGGAAGGCGGCUGCUGCGGCUCAACGGGCGGCGGGGUUCUCGGCGGCAGGGCAGGAUCGGGUCGCCAGCACUGUCGGCUGCAGCUUGUCCGAGCACCAGCUGCCCGAGCUAAACACGCCCGCUUUCCACGUGGGCGCCUUUGGGUAGCUGUGGCGUGGCCGGCUGCGCGGGCCGGGGACUUGUCGCUGAGGGAGCCGCCGGCACCCGCGCUGCCCCGGCGUGGAGAGGUCGCGGACUCGGACCGGGAGGAUGCCGCCGUGGCCCGGGAUCUCGGCUGCAGUCUGCAGGCGGCGGCCGAGCUGAGGAUGGUGUGCGGGGUUAGAAAGUUCUCGGAACGUUGGGAAGAAACCAUUAUGAUAGAUUGAGUCUGCAGACAAGAAACAUUUGCUUAUGAGAUGGAGUCACUUGCCGUAGGAAAAAACCCUGCAAAUCCAGCAGACGUGAUUGAAGAAGGGGAGCUUAUUCUGUCUGUGGGUAUCUUGUACCCUGUUAAAUUUCAUAAGGAUUUGUGGUUUUAUUGGUUUGUCAUGCUGAUAUUGGGCAGUCAAAAGCUCACAGAGCUGAGGGAUUCAAUUUGCCGUGUCGGUGACCUCCAGAUUGGUGGAGAAUUCAGCAACACUCCUGACCGAGCCCCUGAGCACAUCAUCAAAGACCUAUAUAAAUCAGCCUUCUUUUAUUUUGGAGGAACAUUUUACAAUGAUAACAGAUAUGUGGAAUGCAGAGAUUUGAGCAGGUAUACGUCAGAGUCCCAUGACAGAGGCUGCGAGUUUCGGACUGCUGGAAUGGAAGAUUUCACCUUCAGUGACGUGCAUAUUAAACUAGGCUUUCCUUACUUACACUGGCACCAAGGAGACUGUGGGCAUGUUGUCGUCAUUACUGACAAAAAGCAGUCAUCAUUGCAACUUGAUGAACAUUUUCCCCAGUUAGCAAAGGUCAUUGAUGAGCAGGAUGAUAUAUAUGAAUCAUUUGAAGAAUAUGCAGCUGAUAUAGACCUAUUAAUUGAAGAAUACAAUGAAAGAUUCACUGACUUUAAGACUCAAGACAUCACAAUCAAAUUAGCAUUCCAGCCUCACCUGUUUGAUAUCACUAAGGCACCUAAAGAACUACAGAUUGAGUUGACUGAGCUCUUAGUAGAUGGCAUUUUAACGUUUUUGUUGAUGCUAAGAAAGAUCCAGUUGAAAUAUAGAAAAAUGCAGUAG